AUGAAAAUGCUAACUGUGGGAUUGGAGCCUGCAAAAGCGAUUUAUCCGUCUGUCACCUCUGUCCUCCCGUUCUGCCAUCGCCUCCCUCUUAGCCCGCCGUCACUUCCCCUCUCAUCCCGCCAUCCCCUCUCAUCCCGCCGUCGCCUCCCCUCUCGUCCCGCCCUCGCCUCCCCUCUUCCGCCCUCGCCUCCCCUCUCAUCCCGCCGUCGCCUCCCCUCUCAUCUCGACCUCGCCUCCCCUCGCCGUCGCCUCCCCUCUCAUCCUGCCCUCGCCUGCCCUCUCAUCCCUCCGUCGCCAGCGGGGCUGGACAACGCGGGCAAGACGACGAUCGUGAUGCGGUUCAACGGCCAGGAUACGUCGCAGGUGGGCCCCACGCUGGGGUUCAGCAUCACCACUCUGCGCUACAAAGGGUUCAACCUGAACGUGUGGGACGUGGGUGGGCAGCGCACACUGCGAGCAUACUGGCGCAACUACUUUGAGCGCACGGACGGACUCGUGUGGGUCGUUGAUAGCUGCGACCGCCUGCGCCUCGCUGACUGCCGUGACGAGCUGCACCGCGUGCUGCUGGAGGAGGUGCGGGGGGGAGGGAGCGGGAGAUGGAGGGGAGGGAGGGGAGGCGUGGGAAGGGGAAGGCUGGCAGGCGCGUCUCUGCUGGUGCUGGCCAACAAGCAGGACCUGUCAGGCGCUCUCAGCACCGAGGAGAUGAGCAAGGUGCUGGGUCUGAAGGCCCUAGCGGAGGGCAGGCGGCACUGCCACCUCGUGCCCUGCAGUGCCAAGACCGGCGAGGGGGUGCUGAGGGGAUUCGAGUGGCUUGUGACUGACAUUGCCUCGCGGAUAUACAUGUUCGACUAG